AUGACUAAAUUAUGUAAAGCUUUCUACAACUGGGCACCUUGUAUAUUAGCAUGGACGCUACUACUAUCAUGUUCUGGAGCAUUCUUUAUUUUAUUAAGUCCAGAGUUAAUUAAAUUUAUUGGUAUAUAUGGUUGGGCUGUUGUUGGAUUUGAUGUUAUUUUUUUCUUAAUAUCUGUUGUUAAUUUUAUGAGAGCAAUGUUAAUGGAUCCCGGUAUUAUUCCUAAAGCCGAUUACUCAGAAGAACAGUUAAAUGACGACUUCAGAUCACCAUUAUAUAAAAAUGUUGAAAUUAAUGGCAUUACAGUGAGGAUGAAAUGGUGUACAACAUGUAAAUUUUACAGACCACCACGGGCUUCACAUUGUUCAAUGUGUAAUAAAUGUAUUGAUACAUUUGAUCAUCAUUGUCCCUGGGUUCAUAAUUGUGUUGGAAGAAGAAAUUAUAGACAAUUUUUUUUCUUCCUUCUAUCUUUAUCAACACAUGCAAUCUUCGUCACAACAAUAUGUGUUAUUUUUGUUGUUACAAAUCAAGAUGACUUAUCAUCUCGUCCAAAUUUGUGUGCUCUUGUUCUAGCGGCAGUUUCGGGAAUUUUUUCUCUUCCUAUUGUACUAUUAACAGUGUUUCAUAUUGUAUUAGUUUGUAGAGCUAGAACAACAAAUGAACAAGUGACUGGUAAAUUUCGUUCUGGAUUUAAUCCUUUUACACAUGGAUGCUGGAAAAAUUGUACUAAUACAUUGUGUUCCAGUGAAAUGCCAAGUUAUAUAAAAUAUAAUUAUCCUCAAAUAAAUCCUUUCUCUCUUGAAGAAGACUAUGAAAAAACGCCUGCUGUUGUUUAUGUACCAAAUGAUACUCCAAAAGAUGAUUCUAUUGGAACUGCUCAAUCUUUAGGGAUGAUAUCAUCAUCUUAUGGAAUUGCCAAACAAUCGCAACAUAAUACUUCAUCUGAUUCUAGGUGUAAUUUAUAUGAUGAUCAAACAAAUAAUGAAGAGUCAAUACCAUUAACCACAUCUAACACUAUUUAUGAACAAAGUGUACGUGAAGCUAUGGAAUCAAUUGUAACCACACAACAACCUUCACAUAAAUCAUCAAACGUGUCAACAUCUAGUAAAUCAUCCAUACAGAUCUCUGACUUUAAAGGACCAAAACCCUUAAAAUUUACUGAUGCUGUAAGAAUACAUGAUAGUUUAAAUCAAAGUGAAGAUAAUCACAGUAACAAUGAAGAAACUGAGAUUCGGUAA